GUGUUCGUGUUCGUGUUCGUGUCCCGUCGUCGUCCUCACUCGCCCUCUUAACGCAUUCACUGCGAUGCGCAGCUUCUUGAAAUCUCUUGCCGACAUCUCAAGAACAGCUCUUCCUCGUCCGAUCCCCGGCGCCGGUCGCUCCCUCCUUCGCUCCACAGUAUCGACCAAAUGCCUCCACUCCUCGCAUCGACCCGCAAGACCGGGUCGCGCCAGGCGUCCCCGCGUGGCGGCGGAGGAGCCCGCGGCCGAGCCCAUCGCCGCCCGCCGGAAUGUGGACCCGGAGGCGUACAUGAGGGACAAGAUCGCCCGCAUCUACAGGAUCCUCAAGUACUCCACCUGGGACUCUGCCCGGGACCAGCUUCGGAGGCUGCCCAUGAAGUGGGACUCGUACACGGUCAACCGGGUGCUGAAGACCCACCCGCCCAUGGAGAAGGCCUGGCUAUUCUUCAACUGGGCAUCCGAGUUGAGGGGCUUCAAGCACGACCAGUACACCCACACGACGAUGCUCGACAUCUUCGGGGAGGCGGGGAGGGUCGCGUCGAUGGAGCACGUGUUCGAGCAGAUGGUGGGCAAGGGGAUCAAGGUCGAUGCGGUUACGCACACGUCGCGGAUGCAUUGGCAUUCGAGGGCCGGGGACGUCGGUAGGGCGAUGGAGAUUUGGGGGGAGAUGAAGGAGAAGGGGUGUCGUCCUACUGUUGUGUCGUACACUGCUUAUAUGAAGAUUUUGUUCGAUAACGAUAAGGUGAAGGAGGCUACUGAUGUUUAUAAGGAGAUGGUCGGACGCGGUUGUUCUCCGACUUGUCACACUUACACUGUUUUGAUGGAGUAUCUUGUGGGUUGUGGAAAACAUGAAGUAGCUCUUGAGAUAUUUAACAACAUGCAAGAAGCUGGUGUUUCACCCGAUAAAGCGAUGUGCAAUAUAUUGAUCGAGAAAUGUUGCAGAGCAGGGGAAGUAACUAUGAUUAUGAAAAUUCUUCUCUUCAUGAAAGAAAACUAUCUCGUCCUUCGUCGUCCUGUUUUUCAGGAAGCAAUGGAAUUCUUGAAUAGUGCUGGUGAGAGUGGUGAACUUCUAUGGCAAGUCAAUCGUCAUUUCUCUGAUGAAUGUGUGAUAAAAGAAGGGCCAGCUGAAUCCUUGGUAGAUGCUUUUGUUUCUUCCGAAAAUGGGAUUCUGUUGCUUUUGUUGAAGAAGCAAAGUCUCAUUGCUAUUGAUUAUCUACUCGCUUUGAUGGAGGGUAAGAAUAUGCACUUGGAUGCGGCUAUUACCUCCACCAUAAUUGAAGAAAACUGUAGACGAUGUAGAGUAGAUGGUGCUUUGUUGGCAUUUCAAUACAGUAAGAAGCUGGGGAUUACUAUUGAGAAAGAUGCAUUUCUUUCACUUGUAGGUUGCUUAAUUAGAUCGAAUGAGUGGGGGAGGAUGGCAUUAGUAGAUGCCAUUGAGGAAAUGAUAAGAGCUGGACAUUCUCCAGGUUCCUAUCUAGCUUCACUUCUAAUCUAUCGACUAGGCCGUGCUAGAAGACCUACGUAUGCUGUGAAGGUCUUCAAUCUAUUGCCACAGGAUCUUAAAACCGUUGCCUCUUAUACUGCUCUGGUGGGUGUAUACUUCUGUGCUGGGGCUGCUGAUAAAGCACUUAAAGUGUACAAAAGCAUGAGAAAGAAAGGAAUCCGUCCAGCAUCAGGAACUUAUGAUUUACUGUUAGCUGGUCUAAGAAAAAGUGGAAGAGAUUUCGAAGUGGAGUUAUUCAAGAAGGAAAGGAAGAGUUGGUUAAACGAUGUUCAUGCAGAAGAUAGUGUCUCCACAGAGGAAAGAAUAUGUGACGUUCUGUUUGCUCGUGAUGCUAUUUCCUGACAUCCUACUUGAAAGAUUUAUAUGCAGCUCACUCCCUCACAGAGCAGAUACCAGCUUCCAAAGGAGGAUGGGUCAAUGAUGGUAACAUGAUGGGUCCCAAAUGCUUUGGCUCACCCAUGCUAGAAUGGGCCCUGUCUAAGUACUUGUUGGCUGUUCAUGCAUACCGAACAUAGCUUCGAUCCAUGACCUUGAAGACACUCCAACUGCUUGCAUAAACAACUGACAGUCGUUGCAACAAGAAUCUCGGCCACCACCCUGUUCCCUUGGCUCUGGGGAUUGUGGAGCUAUAUAACAAAGUGCGGAGCCAUUCGUCUUUGAAAUUAGGAUAUACAGGAGAUGCAGAGUACUCUUCUUGUGCAUGGUUUUGAAUGAAUUGUUAGGGUUGUAGAGCUCAGGUUUCAGGGUUUUGUGCAGGGAUUAAAUUUAAGACACAAAUGGUGCAUGAUUCAAAUCUGUUGAACUGUGCCUAUCAAAUGGACUCAUGAAAACUUACUAUUAAUGGCAUUUGGAAGUAGUAAUUAGAAUGACUAUAAUAUUCUAAUUUUGAAGUCGAGGAAAUGAGGAAGACGACUAUUCAGCCGUUUGACAUUAAAAACCAUAGUCUUGAACUGCUGGAAGGAACAUAAAGAUUUGCUGGUAUGCAUUCCAAUUCACUUGCAUUUUGAGGUUUCUUUCCAUAGGAAAGCACAUGCCAAUUCGAGGAAAGAGGAUGUGGCCUCCUUCUUAUGGUUCCGAUACCGCGCAGAUGUAGAUCCAUUACCCCUUCGUCCCAACAACCCAUAUCAACAAUUCAUGAUCUAUCCUUAUGACAUUGGCUCCAGCCCGGGUUGGUUUAGUGCGCAAUCUAUCCAGUGAUAUGGGCGUCCACCAAUAUUCUUUGAUUGAAAAGGCUGGUCAGUUAAAGAAAAACCCCCUAUGAAAUUUUAGUUGGAAAAAGCAUGGCGAUUGUCAGCGGAGCGGGUGCCUUCCAAACUUUAACUUCCCAACCACGGAGCCAUGAGCUCCGAGGCAGUGGUCGUAGGGAAAUGGUACCGUUCAUUCAUGUUGGUGAAAGGAUGGAUCAUUAGGAGAUUGGGUGAGUAGGUCAUUGUACUACAAGAUGGCACUCAAGCGAAGACGGGAAUAGAUUUACACUUGCGAGAACACUGGUAGCAAAUGGAAGAGUGGCUGCAGAACUUGUCGUGCAAAACAUGGUCGUUUUGGUGGCCGGGAAGGAAGCUGUGGAUGAUGCUGGCGUGGUCGAUGGUGUGAUAUGGUUUUGGCGUGUUGGUGAUAGGGGAAGAGAAAACAAAGGAAGGUUGAGCUUGGCCAUUGUUGAGAGGAUGAAGUGGAAGGAGAAGAGGGUGGGUUGGGCUAGUGGAGAUGAGAAGCAAGUGAGAGUGAAGAGAGUGGAAGAGUAUGGUGUUGUGGGUGAAUGGAAGAGGAUUGCAUGUAAUGUAUUGGUGGAGAGGCUUGUGUUGACAAGGAUGGAUGGGACUGUGAUGCUUGCUAAUGAUUUCAAGCCACCCUUGUCAACCAAGGACUAAAUGGGAAGGACAAGGAUCGACUGAUAUCACAAUGAACAGUUUUAUAAGAUUUUCUAGGACUUUACCUUUUUAAAUUUUAUGAAAGUUAUCUCAAUCUGACAUAGUUUGUUUGAUCAUGCUAUUUCAUUUGUAUAUAUCAUUUUUUGCAGGAAGAAGGGUUCCUCAUUUUGUUACCCUCCAAAGAAAAAAGGAUUCCAC